AUUGUAAUUUUUUUACUUCAGGGACGGAAAGUGCAAAACGUUUCUGUAGUUUUUAUAUGCUUUGGAUAAGAUGUAACGCGGUGGAAAAAGAUAAAUGGAAAAAGAAAGUUUCUGUAGUUUUUAUAUGCUUUGGAUAAGAUGUAACGCGGUGGCUGUCGGUGGUGGGCGACGGUUGAUUGUCAACUACAGAGGGCAGUCUAGGAUGGUGUGAGGUAGAUGCUAAAACGACGGUGACGGGAGUGCAAUGGUGAGUUGAAGCAAUAAUGAAGAUGGUGUGAGGUUGCCGGAGAGUGGAGAAAGGCGGCCGCCGGAGAUGAUGAUGACUGAAGAUGGUGGGGCAAGGGACCUAACGGAGAAAGGAUAAUUAUUUGAAGGACUUUUACGAAAAUUCCACAGACAGAGAUUCCUUCGCUAAAUCUUCUCACUAAUCACAAUUAAGGAUGAUAUUUGAGGAUACACCUGAAUUGGACACCCUAUAUCUGUUUUUGAGUGACACCGUGCUUUCCGAUGACGUCAAAGUCAAAGGAGAUGUUAGUGUGUAUCUAAACUCAUUGACCCAUCAUGAUAAAGACUCCGUUCUACAAAUGAGGAAUCAAAAUAUCUAUUGGAAUGACAAGGUCAAUGAAUAUCUCAGAUCAAAUAUUAAUGAGGACAAUGAAGAGAUAAGCUUUUUGUUCGACAAGAGGGAUGAUAUUGUCUUUGUCAUUAGCUGUUUGGAAGAUAUGCAUCCCCAGUUUAAUCUCAGGGAUAAACCACUUCCACCAUUUGUUUUUGUGAAGAAGGAUGAAGUCGAGCAGCUAUCUGCUGAAAUCCGUGAUAGUAAUAAUCGUCACAUGUUACUCCUCAAGAAGGAAUGGGAGGAACGUUACGAAGAUGACUUUUGGCAGUCUCUGAAAGCAAACUUGGAUAAGGUGGUCAACUUGGAGGAAAGCUCCAUGUAUUGGUAUGCACCAAAGCCUGACAUGGAUCCAUAUGAAUACAUGGACUGUGAAUGUACAGCUGGGACCUGACCAACUUACUGUUUCUUUGUAAGCCCACUAAAAAAUCGACUGGUUGCCCUUGAGUAUGUUUUUCUCAGGAAGCAGGAGAAAGAAUGUGAGAUGACCGAUGAGGAUUUAUGGUACUGAUACGCCAUAAUACCUAUUGAGGAUUUUAAGAAAUAUAUGAACAUACAUACUCAAUUACUACUAUAUACUAAUAAGAAACGAAGUCAGGAUUUCACGUUGAGGGGGAUUCAACCGUAUUUUUUCCCGAUCGUUGUAUACAAUAUAAUGUGAAAGACAUAAUCAUUUCAUAAAAUGUUAGUAAAAUAGAAUUUUUUUUACGA